AUGAGCGUUGUUCCCAUGAGGAGAGUCCUGAAUGACAAAGUGGGCCCCGGUGAGGAUGUGAACACGAGCUCUGCGAUGGAGAAGGUGAUCAACAAGGAGCCCUUCUCCUCCCUGCUCCCUCGACUGCAGUCAUCUUCUCGUUCUACAGUCUAUCAUCCAUCUGAUCAGGUCUACCUACAGUCUGCAGCUAUUUUCCAGCAGCUGCGUAGCAAGAAGCCAGCCAGCCAUCACCAACAUCUACAUUAUGGAGAAAAGGCGGAAACGCCGCUGCUCAGCGGUGGAGGCAAACCUGCAGAGAAGCAGGCCUACCAGCUUGCUUUUAACACACUUAAAUAUCAAGAUUUACUCGAGGACAUCAUCGCUGACAGCUGCUUCCACACUUCUCAGCAUAUUUCCGACGACUUGCUGCCUUUGGCGAUGGUGAUGCUGUUCGACUUUCAGGAUAGAAGGUUUGUGUCGUGUGAACGUCCAACAAUCAAAGGACAAGAGACCAUCCAGGAGGUCAGGAACCUGGAGAGGAGUCUGCAGAGGUGUAAGACCAAGCUGGCAGCCUCUCUAGCUCGCUGUAGAGUGAAGCAAAAUCUGCAGAGUGUCUCCUGCUUUCUGUCUGAUAGUGUCAGGAUGAAACAGCAGCAAGCAAAAGGUCUGCCACUGUACGCAUGGGUCAAUACUCUCAAGAUCAGUCUUGAGGAGAUGUGUGAAGCGGUACAAAGUGCUGGUUUAUGUCAGGCGGACAAUGUGACUGACCUCAAGGAGUCCACAUUCUGCUUGGAUCCCCUCUGUCCGGACACACUCAUCUUCUCACAGCAUCUUCAAGCUCAGCUCCAGCACAGCAGCCUCACCACCACACAUGUGCUGAACAUACAGGACAGGAGUGUGUGUGUGGCAGUAAGCGUGUUACGCCCCCUGCUGUUUGAUAAAAGUGACGUCCUGCUGGUGGGUGCCUUCUCAGCUGUGACCGUGGCACACGCCGCUGUUGUAGCUGCUGCCCGCGCAGUCCGAGUGCUGCUGUGUGGUGCUGAUCACACUCCCUCACACAUAGAGGAGAUCCAAGAACUGCUCACACAGAUGGGCUUAAAAAAUGUUCGUGUCUUGUCACAAGCAUUUCGUGGUCUGGGUGAGUGGGACGCCACUAUGCAGCGGGUAAAGGUCAUCAUGGUGCUGCCUCAGUGCUCGUCCUCUGCCCUCAACGACCCGGUGGCCUCAAUCCACAGUGAACACGGAGACUGGAGUCUACUGCCAGAGUUGUCUCAUGGUUCUGUUUCCAAGAGCAAAAUAAACUCUCUGACCACCCAGCAGGUACAGCUGCUGGCCCACGCACUCACCUUCCCAAAGGUUCAGACUGUGGUCUACUGCACACGCUCAGUGUAUCCUGAGGAAAAUGAACAGCUGGUGAAAAGAGUGUUAGAAAAAACACACACUCACCCCAAACUGCUGCCCUACAGGGUGAAUGGUCCAAUUUUCCCCGAUGACACCCCGUCAGGAGGCGAAAUGGACUCACACAAGUUUUUCAGGCUCAAGCCAUCGAAGCUCACCAACGGCUGCUUCGUGGCCAGACUGUCCCGUCAGGCGGAUCCCACUAAGGUAGAAACGGUCCAAGAUGUGCUGGCAAGGGCGGUGGCAAAGGGCCUCCUGGGCGGAAUGAUUCCUGAACAAUCAAAACCUGCUAAAAAGGGGAAAAGAAAGAAGAAUCGAGUAGCAUCAGCCACCAGCAAACAUUCAUCCCGCUCCAGUCUCGACAGGGAGACGGGAGGGGAGCUGGUAAAUGGACGAGAUCCAUUCACACCUUCAGAAGAUGAAGAAGAGAAAGGUGAGGAAGACUCCAGAGAUGGUGAAGAGGAGGAGGAAAAGGUGGGCGAAAAGGAGGAUGAUAAAGAGAAAAAGGGAGAAAAGAAGAGGAAGGGGCAUAAAGGGCGUAAGCAAAAGAGGCAUGCAAAACAAAGCAAGAGGACUGCCGUCUCCACGGAUGAACCUAAAGGCCACAAGGAAACAAACAAGAAACAAACAAAGAAAAAAGUCAGCCAGUCACAUAUCAAGAGGCGUCAGAUGAAAAAUAAACCCAGACGAAUACCUCGACUUACACUGGCUUUAAUAUCCUCUGCAAAACCCUCCAACCUCUUGUCUCCAAUCACAGCUCUGGCACACAGGAUGAGCAUCAAUCCAGCGUUUAAAUCACAGCAGACAUUACUCAGCUCCCCGUCUCCUGCUGGAAAACAUCCUUCACCUGCUCUUCCUGCUAUACCCACUCCCCACACAGCCUCCAAGAGACAAAACACACAGCCUGAAAGAGCAGAGGAAGUAUUGACGGAUGCAGCUAAACCAGUGAGAGCGGUGGUCAGAGCAGAAAAUGAGAGGCUGCCACCGAUUUCCUCCAUCUCCUCCAACUCUCUGCGCAGCAAGAGUGGCAGUUCUCUCUACCGGCCUCCGUCUGGGACCUCCAACUCGCCACUCGGCAAUAUGUCUACGUGCUCAUCCUCAAUCUCUCUGCCUGGAUUAUAA